CUGCUGCUGAACUGAAGCUGUGAAUUCAUUCAAAGUGUUAUUACAUACAGAAGACGAUUAAACAACAGAAGGAGCAGUCGGACAAAGAUGACUCAAUCAGUUACUAUGACAACAAUGAGUAGUAUGGUGUCCACAACCAUUAAUCCGUUCCUGGACUCUCAGUUUCGUUAUGUGCUCAUCCCGGUUUCCUACAUCGUCUUCUUCAUCCUGGGCUUCAUCUCUAACCUCUACGUGCUGUUUGUCCUGCGCUGCAUCCAUCAAGCCAAGGCCAUGGGAGAAAUUCACAUCUAUAUGACCAACUUGACCAUCGCUGAUCUUCUGUUUGUGUGUGCUCUUCCCUUUUGGAUUGACUAUUAUAUCCGUGAGGGAGACUGGGUUUAUGGAGACGUCAUGUGCCGGGUGACAGGCACCUUCUUUUUCAUCAACACUUACGGCACCAUCCUCUUCCUUUCAGCCAUCAGCAUCAACAGAUACUGGGCGGUGACUCGGCCUCUAGACGCAGCCUCGUCAAACCGCAGAAUUCGUGGAAUCAUUGUUUGUAUUUGUAUCUGGGUGUUUGUUCUGACGAUUUCUGUUCCUUUUCUGGUGAGUCCAGGGAUCAACGUGCACCAUAAAAACAACACUGACAUACGUCGCUGCUUUGAGGGAUACCAGGGUGGAACUAAUGACAAGAAGAAAAAAGUGGCUGUCACUCAUUUUCUAAUAAUUGGAUUGUUUUUUGUUGUCUUUUUACUCAUUGUGAUAUGCAAUGUCCUUAUUGCUCAAAGUUUAAUUUCUAAAAAUUCUCCUCAGUCGGAAAGUCAGUCUUCAGGAACACAGUCUAAAAAGCUCACUGUGACAUCCAUAUUUAAAUGGCCCACAGGGGUGAAACGGAGGGCUCUCCAGAUGUUGCUGGCAGUGGUGGGAGUGUUUGUUCUGUGUUUCCUGCCACACCACAUAGUUCAAGGCCCCUGGGCUCUGGCAGUGCUGGAGAUCGAAGACGGCUUCGGCCACGUGAAGUACAGCGAGACCACUCGUCAGUUGCUGAACGACGCUCAUCAGAUCACCCUGGUUCUUAUGGGCCUCAACUGCAUUUUGGAUCCUGUAGUUUAUUAUUUUGCCACAGGGAAGUUUAGAGGACUCAUCAAGGCCCACAUUAAAAGAUUAAUCCCAUGCACCCAAACUCGGAGCUACCACUUAAACCAGCCUGCAUCACCUGUUUGGACUCUGGGAGGAAAUCAGAGGCCUCAUAGGAAACCCACAAAGGCUGGGGGGCAGGAUCAAACUUAUUACACUGAAAGGAGCUCUGUGGUUAUUUUAUAAAGUAUUUUCAAAAAUCUAACUUAUCCAGCAUUUUUAACCAAACCACAUCUCAGAUAAGAUUCUCUCUAUUUUAUGACUUAGAUGAAUCUCAGUGACUAACUGUGGAAUAAUUCUGAAUCCUCAAUUACAUUAUUAAAGAGGACAUGAAACACUACACAUUUGAAGGUUAAUUAGCUCAGUGGAGCCCUGUUGUAAAAAAACAA